CACAAUCUCUGAAGAAGUUGGAUAUCGAGUCAGACUGGAUCCAACGGCCCGAUCCUGUAAUUUCAACAGGCUAUACAACUAUUUUAUAGGCUAUGAAGAAUGGAACCAGGAUCGGUGGUGCGCGCCUUGUUUGAGUUCCUCCCCAGCGUCUCCGAGGAGCUCCCGCUUUUUGCCGGCGAAGUCAUCGAAGUGAUCAGUGUUGUGGAUGAGUUCUGGUUGCUCGGUAAUAAAGAUGGCGUCACAGGCCAGUUCCCCAGCACCUUUGUGGAAGAGGUCACCAUCCCCACCACCAAGCCUGGAGACAGACUGUAUGUGUGCAUCAAUGAUUUCAGUUCAGCAGAGUUGGGGACUCUGCCCCUUAAGACAGGUGAUGUGGUAGUGGGAGACGCAGGAGGGUCCGUGAACCUCGGGGAAGCCUGGCAACGUGGAUGUAAUGCCUGGGGUGUCCGYGGUCUCUUCCCCACAUCAUGUGUGAAGGAACUGAACCUGUCCGGUCGCUCACGGCAGCUGUCUGAGCGCUCGGCUCUGGCUCAGGCUUUGGAGCUCCCACCCUAUGCUUUAGGCCAAGCCCGGGCGCUUAUGAGCCUCCAUGCACAGCUGAAUGAAGAGCUAGAUUUUYGGGAGGGGGACUUGAUCAUGAUCACGGGGUUGCCUGAGCCAGGCUGGUUCCAGGGAGAGUUAGAGGGCCGAAGAGGCAUCUUYCCUGAGGGGUUUGUGGAACUCUUAGCUCCUCUCAGAUCUCCUCAGGAGCCAGUGGACUGUCAGUAUUUAAAUAAUAACCCUCAGCAGUUGAUCUACCAAGAUGCUUAUGAUGAGGGAGAAGCGGCUGAGGAGGAAGGGAUGGAGGAUGGUGAAGUUUUUCUGGGAGAAGAAGAACAACAAAAGGAAGUUCUAGUACAGGAAGAGCAUGAGGAUGAGGAUGGCGUCUAUGGAGUGGCACUUUAUGAAUUUCGUGCCAUGGAGCCAGGCGAGUUGGACUUUGAUGUGGGAGAUCGCAUUCGUAUAGUAAACACUUUGGAAGAUGGUUGGCUGGAGGGGGAGCUGCGAGGGCAACGGGGUAUCUUUCCUCAUCGUUUUGUAAAAAUUGAAGCUAAAGAACAGAAAACUGCAGAGGAAAUUACUGUAGUUGGACCUGAAGCUGUGAUGGAGAAYGAAUGUAUUGAACAAAACGCUAAUCACAAAUGUCCAAAUGAUUCAGAGAAUGAUCCUGAAUGGAGGGUGUGCGAGGAUCAUACUGUAUGGGACCUGGACUACUUUGAAAGGACUGAAGAGCAAAGGUGGCACUGUGAACAUAAAAGCGAUAUGGAUCAGAAUGUUCAGAGAGAGCAAAGAAAAGAGGUUACCAGAACUGAAUCUCAGCCUCCUAGACCUACCCCUCCAUCUCACAUUCCCAGACGCAAAUCCACUCCACCAGCCAGACCUAGAUUCCCACCUCGGCUUAGCCCGCCUGCACCUCACCAGAGACAACAAGUAGACCAAAGGUCCAGUGGAAAUCAGUCCAACUACACUAACGGUAAUGYUCGACCAGUGCAGCCUAGACGAACUCAAAGCCUUAUGCUCCACAGUUCUCAAUCUGGUUGGUCCAAAGAUAAGGCAUAUUCACAGAGACCAGCAACAGACAGUACCUCCACCAAYAUUAAACCACCCAGUCUUAGCCAAGCUUUGAAUACCAUUGUAGAGGGCCAUAAACAACAAAGGCUAACUCGUCAUUGUAGUUUGAGUGAUGCUAGUUUGAAGCGGAGUGUUGAAGCACGGCCACAUCCUCAGCAGAGAAGUCGAGGGGCUAAUGGGGUUCUGCCAGCAUCCUUCACCUUAGAAGCCCUCGCAGCUUCAGCCAGUGACCUGGAAGCCAAGUUGUCCCAGCAGCUUUUCGAAUUUGAGAAAAGCCUGAUAUCUUCCUACAGCGACACUAACAUGAGCUCCGGUGCUUCCACAGACAUGCCGUCCUCAGCUGAUCUGAACUCGCAGUCCCCCAUCUCCCGGCACUUUUCUAUACUCAAAUACAGCGACGAAAACGACAUCAUUCGCGGCUCCUCACAUUCUCCUGUGCCAAACUCCAAGACCUCCUCUUUGGAGAGACGCAGAAACCUUCGCCCUCCUCCCCCUCGUCCUCGAGUCCUGCGACCCCCAGCCCCUGCUCCGCACAAACCAACUCGUCCUGCUCCACGCCCCCCUCCUCGAUGUCCGAGACAAAAUGCCGCUCGUCCAUCCAGCAACACCCCCGACAACAAUCCCAUCUUUUACGCUCCUGAUGAACCAGCCACAACUGUUCCUAAUGAGGGUCGGGUUGAAUUUGUCGACCCAACGCCCACUCAUGAACAUGAAAUUCAKGACCCACUGGAUGYAGAGCAAGAGCUGGACAGGGAGACUGAGUUGGAACGUGAGCGACAGAAGGAAGAGGAGGAGAACUACCGGGUGUUGCUACGGUUGCAAGAAGUGGAGAACGAGAUGGAGGAAUAUGCAUGCACUGUGGAGGAGCUCAGGGCAAUGUUAGAGGAAGAGGAAGACGAGACAGUCCGCUUACAAACUUUGGAGAAUCUGGAGUUUUGUAACUGCACACUGGAGACGCUUGCCCUGGAACAGCUGCAGCUACAAGAGAUGAAGCUUCAGUCGUCUCAGCCCAAACCCUUGGAAACCGCCCAGGUCUCAGUGGAUCCUCCGCCCCCUGUCGGCGCCGAGGUUCCUGAGCUGAGGAUGCUGGAGAAGAGGUCAAAGGUCAUCGAGGAGCUGCUGCAGACUGAAGACGAUUACAUCAGAGACCUGGAAAUGUGUGUCGACGAGAUCAUCGUGCCUCUGCAGGAGAAGCAGGUGAACGUGGACUUUGAAGGACUCUUUGGAAACAUCAGCUCUGUGAUCGAGUUGUCUCAGCGGUUAUAUAGUGAACUUCAGGAGACGGACUCUAUAGGAACUGUAUUUUUGGGCCACAAAGCUGAGCUGGAGGAGGUGUACAAAGUUUACUGUCAGAACCAUAACGAGUCCAUCUCCCUGCUGGAGGCGUACGAGAAAGACGAAAGCGUUCAGCGACACGUACAGGACUGUCUCGAGAGUCUGAGGGCCAUAUACCGCAAAUGGGGCAAAGCCAAUUACAUCAACCUGGGCUCCUUCCUGAUUAAGCCGGUGCAGCGGGUGAUGCGUUACCCACUGCUGCUGACAGAGCUGCUGGGGGCCACGCCAGAGAGCCACCACGACCGGCCCCAGCUGACCAAAGCUGUGCAGGCCRUCAAGGACAUCAACGUGAACAUCAACGAGUACAAGCGCAGGAAGGAUCUCGUCGUGAAGUACAGGAAGGGGGACGAAGACUCGUUCAUCGACAAGAUCUCCAAGCUGAGCAUGCACUCCAUCAUCAAAAAAUCGAACCGGGUCAGCAGCCACAUCAAGCAYCUGACGGGGAUUUCGCUUCAGGUUAAAAGUGAGGAAUUUGACGAUGCGGAGAAAAAGUUCAGGCUGCAGGAGAGACUCAUCAAGUCUUUCAUCAGAAACAUUUCCUUGUACCAGCAACAUAUCAGGGAAUCGGCGUCUGUGAAUGUCUUGUCUGCCAUCAGUUUGGGCGACAUCUACACAGAACGUAGCGUCCUGGAUCCCGAGCGCUUCCAGAGAGCUCACCGCAGCAUCAGCGACAAACACUUCACUCAGUUUAAGGAGCACACAGAGGAGCUGGUCAUCCAGCCGCUCUCCCAGCUCCUCGUCAUGUUCGCCGGCCCCCACAAGCUCAUCCAGAAGCGCUUCGACAAGCUGCUCGACUACGACAACUGCAAGGAGCGCGCCGAUCGCCUGAAGGACCGCCGGGUCAAGGACGAGCUCCAGGUGACGCGCAACAACUACGAGGCGCUGAACGCCCAGCUGCUGGACGAGCUGAAGACGUUCAACAGCGUGGCCGAGGGUCUGUUCCAGGACUGCGUGAAGGCCUUCGCUCAGGUGCAGAAGGACUUCAUGAAGACCACGCUCGGAGAGCUCGGGCCYCUCCUGCAGUUUUCCAACAAAGUCUGCACAGAAGGAAACCUGAUCACCCAGUUUCAGGAGGAGUACAGCCAAGUUCUUCGACUGCUUCAGAGCUUCAGCUUCUGCCCAGAGAACCUGCCUCCGGCCACAACUGCAAGAAAACAGGUUGACAGGAAAACGCUGGAGAAGCCGACCUCCAAGAAGCAGCUGCAGGGACCUCCCAUCAUUAAUGCGCAGACAGAUGAGCAUCGUGCUGAACUUAUGGUUAAUUAUGGACCUGAGAAGCUUUACCAAGCUGAGAGGAACUUUAAUGCUGCUCAGGAUAUGGAUGUUUCUAUCCAAGAGGGAGAUCUCGUCGGUGUAAUAAAGCAGCAGGACCCGUUGGGUAGCCACAACCGCUGGCUGAUUGAUAACGGAGUGAACAAGGGUUUCGUCUACAGCUCCUUCCUGAAACCGUACAACCCACGCAGGAGUCACUCGGACGCCUCUAUCGAGAGCCAGUCGUCCAACGAAUCUGGUUAUGGCGGCUCCUCCCCCGUUUUCUCCCGCCAGAACAGCAACAGCACCUUGACCUUUAACCAGGAGGCGGCCACCGUCAGCUUCUCUACAUCGCAACCCCAAAGCCAGUCGUCGCCRCAGCCGUGGCUUGAGUCCACCUCGUCUCGCAAGAGUCACCACAGAGACGCCCCCGACGCCGAGCACACCCACCAGAGCACGAGCGCCUCGCCCCGAAACCAGUCCAACCGCACAGACCAUUCAGAACAAAUGCGCAGAAACCCCCCCGGUCACAGAGACGCCGAGACGCCCCCCCGGCACUCGGGCGGUCACAGAGACUCGUACGAUUCCAGGCAYGACAGGAAACUCCGCGAGAUGUCGGACUUCUCCGAGACGGACUCGUCUUCGUCACAGAAAAACAGCCGUUCGAGGCAGCACGGACACGCAGACAAGGGCUACAGCUCCCCUCAGUGGAGGAAUGGAGACGCCGGCAGCUACAGGAAGCCUGCGCMCACGCUGGAGGAGCGCAGCGAGCCGGAACCAGAAGGCGACCUGAACUGCCAUCAGAUUUAUUAUGCCCUGUACUCUUUCGAGGCCCGUUGUUCCAACGAGAUGAGCAUCUCCGCCAACGAGCGGCUGCGGGUCCUCGAGUUCCAGGACUUGAACGGCAACAGCGAGUGGUGGCUGGGGGAGGCGGACGGAGGCAGGCGGGGAUACGUGCCCUCCAGCUACAUCCGCAAAUCUGAGUACACAUGAACAAACGCUGCGAGGAGGGCGAAACUUCAACGAACAAAAAGAAAAAGAAAAACUCCACGAGCACCAAGAGAUCAAAACCCCACAGAUCUUGAUAUGCUGUAACUUAUUUAUGAACUCUUUUGAUAGUGACUGACUAGUGCUGCAGACUUUGCUCCUGCUUGUAUUUAUAUAUAAUUUUAAUCUUUUUUUUUAAACUUGCCUUCCUGUUUCUGGUUUAAAACCUGUGAAUUGCCACGUUCCCUGAGGCUGAGAACAGCGAGUUGCGCGUUGAAGCCGUCUUACAGUUUGGCGAAUUGGGGACAUUGCAAUGGAAACGUGAACGCCUGGAGUUCAGAUUGGCUCUUUUGUAAAUCAGCAUUAGCCUGACCUGAACACUGUGACGCCACGAUUACGAAACAUGAGAUGAAUUUCUGUUCAUCGGUCAGCGUUUGAGGCACUUGUUGUGGCUGCGGCAGGUUUGGCGUGCCGGUGGGGCCAUCGUGGACAGUUUGGAGUGUUGUGUGCAUUGAAAUCAGACACGGUUAAAUGGAACGUAUGGUUUACAAACUCUCCCUUUGGACUCAGCAGCCUGAUUACUUUUUGAGCACGUCGUUAGGGGAGAAAAAACUUCCUUUAAGGAUAAGGGAAGUAUUGUGAGAAGCAUCGGGGUUGAUUAAAACUCCGCUCCACAUAUUUCCCAUGUAUAUUUAGGGCAAUGUAAUGCUGCAUUAUUGAGAUGAUCUUGUGCCCGGUGGAAAGUGAUCACUGUUUAAAUAAAAAAAAUAAUAAUA